AUGAUCGCUUCUUCGUUGAUAGCCAUGAAUUCGCACUCAAAUUCUUCGAAUGUUCAGAAUAUGACGCCUACCGCUGAGCCUGUGGACGAGAUCAAUUCGCUAACUAUUAGCGGCAAAAAGAAGAAACGAAUUGCUGGUCGAUGUGACAUGGAACUAGGCGAUGUGACACCACACAACGUCAAACAGCUGAAGACGUUGAACUCCUGUAUUCUGCCAGUGCCCUAUAAUGCGAAAUUCUAUGCCAAUGUCGUUGCCGACGGCGAAAUGUCAAAGCUGGCGUACGUCAACGAUAUAGUCGUGGGCGCUGUUUGUUGCCGUAUAGAUGAAUACGAAGGGAAGCGAUCCCUUUACAUUAUGACUCUUGGGACUUUAGCACCUUAUCGACAGUUGGGCGUUGGAAAUAUGCUGCUCAAUUAUGUAUUCUCACUAACUGCUAAGGAUCCGACCAUUGAAAAUAUCUUCCUUCACGUCCAGACUAGCAACGAAACGGCGCUCAACUUUUAUAAGAAUCGCGGAUUUGAACAGGUUGGAGUAGAAGAGAAUUACUACAAACAUGUUGAGCCGAAAGAUGCGUACACGAUGGUAAAAAGGAUUAAGACGUGA